AUGUCGAUAUCUAGUACUCGUGGGGAAAUGGAGAGACUGCAGUUGUCCAACCGAGAUACUGAGUCGCUGCUACAAUCCCCUUCCGAAAAUCCCGGUUUUCCAUCUGCCCCUGAGACUUCCCGUACCACACCUGAUGCAAACUAUGGACGAAAUAGCGAAACCCAAUAUGAUCGUGAACAGGCACGGGAGGCGUCUCUACGGAGUGAAUUGGAGAGUGUCCGGAGCAUCAACAAGGCGGUGGAAGAUAUCAUUGACAGUUUGAACCGUGCGAAGGGCAACAUGGAGAACGUUUCCCGCACCGUCACAUCCGCAUCUACACUUUUAAACACAUGGACACGAAUUUUAGCCCAGACAGAACAAAAUCAACGACUCAUCCUGAACCCUUCCUGGCAAGGUGCGUCACAAGAUAUCGCAGAUAUUGAAAACGAGUCGAUUCUACGACAGCAGGAGGCGGAGAGAAGGGAGCUAGAACUCCAGCAGCGGAGAGAGGCGCUGGCCCAAAAAGCGGAGGAAGAGGAGCGGAAGAAGGCAGCAACAGCUGCUGCCAGGGGAUCACGCGGGGCGACACGAGGGAGAUCACGAAUGAUGGGUCGGACUCCUUCUACAGCGAGCUCAUACAGCGGGACAAGAGGCACAACUACGACAAGGGCUACAACGACAACAAGGGGCACGACAACACGUGGAGCGACAAGCCUCCGAAGACCAGCAGCAUCUAUAUCAGGCUCCAACGUUUCCAGAGCGAGGGGCAGGGUACGAGGACCAUCGUAA